AUGUAUGCAGAUGACAUUCAGAUCUACACCAUGUUUGUUCCAACGGAUCCAGUGGCAGUUGAUACUGCUAUUCACAAACUUAGCUGCUGUAUCACUGAAAUCCAUGACUGGAUGAAGGCAAACAAGCUCAAACUCAAUGAUGCAAAGACUGAAUUCUUUGUCUCUGCUUCGCCACAUCAUUUAUCAUCUGAUCUCAUGAAGGAUGUCAGACUGACAAUUAACGAGAAAUCUUUCCAGCCUUGUAAGUCUGUUCGCAAUCUUGGUAUAACAUUUGAGCCUUCUGCAAAUCUCAGCCAUCACGUCACCUUGGUCUGCAGAAACGUCAAGUUUCAUCUUCGUAACCUCUGGAGAGUGAGACGUUUUAUUGACAAGCAAACAUGUCAUGCUGCUGUCAGGGCUCUUGUUCUUUCCAGACUGGACUACUGCAAUAGUCUCUUCAGCGUUCUUAGCCAGAAGGACUUAGACCGACUUCAGAGACUACAGAACUCUGCCGCUAGGCUUGUCUUCUCUGCUCCCCUUCGGACUCGCACAGAACCUCUCCGACUGGAACUCCAUUGGUUGCCUGUGAGACAGAGGAUAGCCUUCAAAAUUUUGCUGCUAGUCUUCAAGUCGCUCAACCACAGAAGCCCGGAGUACAUCGAUAACAUUCUCAUUCGUCGUUCUCAAGUCCGUACUACUCGUUCAUCUUCGUCAAUCUGGCUCACUCAACGCCUUUCCAAGAGACGUGCGGGUGAAACGUCCUUUCCUGUGAUUGCUGCAAAACUAUGGAAUCAUCUACCAGCUGCAGUGAAGAUGGCCUCCUCUGUUGAACAAUUCAAGAAGGCCAUUAAAUCCCAUCUAUUCUGCUAA